AUGGCUCGAUUGAACCAAAUGAUUACUGUCAUUAUCGUUUUAACACUUUGCACUAUUGGUUAUCUUAACGGAUUUUCAUUGAGUCGUCUAUUUUCAUCGGAAACUUCUAAUAGAGUCAAACGAGCUGAUAGUGAUGAUCCAAUUACUCGACGUAUUCAAACAGUAGGAAAUCUAGUGUUCGAUAGCAACGUUACACCAACCGCUAAGAUUUCUCGAAAAAUUGCUUGUUUCUUCGUAUUCGAUAAAGAAGCAUCCGCUGACCUCAAUAACAGUUUGAGCUAUGCAAAAAAGUAUGCUACUCAAUUAGCUACACUUGCAUCAAAAUAUACGAUACAUGCUAAUAUUAAAAUAACUAAUGCAGGCACUGAAAUAUGGUCAAAUGGUGAUCAAAUAUCAUUUCCUAUUGGCACUAGUUCGUAUAUAGCUAUGCCAGAUAUUUUAACAAAAUUUCAAACAUAUUUGGCUAAUACACAAAAAUCACGUUUUGGAACUGUUUAUGCUGUUGGAGUACUUAUUUCAAAUAAAACAUUAUUAGUUGCAGGAGGUUAUUCUCAAGGGCCCAUAUGUACUACUUCAGGUGCUUCACUCAUUAAUUAUCGACAAUAUCCAUGGUCGAUUGCUGGUUUACUUGCACAUGAAUUAGCACAUACACUUUCUGUUGUUCAUCCAUUUGAAUUAUCAUAUCUAUGUGAUGAAUAUAAAACCAAAUUAAAAUUUUGUACAAACAUACCUGAAGAAUGUUUGUGCACUUCAAAUAAUUACCCGGCUCAACAAUGUCUUAUGACAUAUCAAUUUGGUCGAGCCACACCAAAUGCUCCAAAAUAUACAUCGUGCGAUAUUGAAAUGAUGAAUUAUUUUGCAUCAAAUAGUUCCUGUCUUACUCGUGUGUAA